AUGAGACACUUCAAAUCGUGUCUCAAAGAUGCAGAAUUGAAACAAGGAAACCACGAAGUAAAAAACUUUAUAAAUGACACGAGAGAUCUAGCUCUUGACAUAGAGGAUAUUUUGGACGAUUACCUCCAAGAGAUUGCAUUGCACGAGAAAAAGGGGCUGUUUCAAUUCGUUAAGCUUGCUGCUUGUAUAUUAUGUUAUGUUUGCGCUGCCAAUGACUUUGCCCUGGAAAUCGAAAAAAUCAAGAGACGGGCCCAAGAAAUUGAAGCCACUAGAGAAAGAUGUCGUAUUAAUCUUGAUACGGAUGGAGGUAACACAGAUAUGGACCUAUGGAAUCGAAGAAAAGAAUUUCUAAUUGCCACGGAGUCAAUGGUUGUCGGCCGGGAAGAUGAAUUGAAGGAACUCAAGGAAAAAUUGAGGAGCUCAAACUCAGUGUGUAAAAUGAUAUGUGUUGUAGGAGAGGCAGGUGUAGGUAAGACCACCGUCGCUAAAAAAAUAUAUAAUGACAUGCAAAACGAGUUUACUUCUUCUGCCUUAGUCUAUGUCUCAAAUGAGCCUAGAAUCAAAGAGCUUUUACAUGAAAUAGCAAAGCAAGUUGGCCUUGAAAAAGAAAAGAUAAAGGAAAAUUUGAAGGUCAACUUGCUUUCUCUGCUCAAUGAAAAAAGGUGCUUAAUUUUUCUUGAUGAUAUUUGGAAAUUUGAAUCUCGGGAUGAGUUAAAAAAAUUUAUCCCCAUCAACUCGAGAAAUGGUAGCAGAAUUAUCAUUACUUCUCGGUAUACUGCUGUGGGAAGAUAUAUAGGUGGUGAAAGCUCUUUGAUUGAAUUGAAACUCUUAGAUCAAGAAAAGAGCUGGGAACUCUUCUCCGAGCUGAUGAAAUCCUCUUCAGAAAAUACAGAUGAGAGAUUUCCUCCAAUAGANUGA